AUUGUAGCUGUUGUUAUUACAUACAGGAGGAGGAGGAGUAUACUGUAAUAACAUAACUCCCAUUUAAAGGAAAGCCUCCUCACACUGCUGCGACUCCUGCCUCCGGAGAAAAUAUGGGAAAUACAGACUCAAAGCUGAAUUUUAGAAAGGCUGUAAUCCAGCUCACCACCAAAACACAGCCAGUGGAGGCAACAGAUGAUGCAUUCUGGGACCAGUUUUGGGCAGACACUGCAACCUCUGUUCAGGAUGUAUUUGCUCUUGUACCAGCAGCAGAAAUCCGAGCUGUGAGAGAGGAGUCACCAUCUAACUUGGCUACCCUCUGUUACAAGGCAGUUGAAAAACUGGUUCAAGGUGCAGAGAGCGGCUGCCCUUCAGAGAAGGAGAAGCAGAUAGUGCUGAACUGCUCCAGACUUCUAACAAGGAUUCUUCCUUAUAUCUUCGAAGACCCAGACUGGAGGGGUUUCUUCUGGUCAACUGUGCCAGGAGCUGGCAGAGGAGGGAGUGAUGAUGAUGAAGAUGAGAGUGCACGGCCAUUAGCAGAAUCCCUUUUACUAGCUAUUGCUGAUCUGCUUUUCUGUCCAGACUUCACAGUGCAAAGUCACAAAAAGAGUGGGCCAGACACAGUUGAAGAUAUCCAUUCGAUUGACAGCUGUGAGUAUAUUUGGGAAGCAGGAGUUGGAUUUGCCCAUUCUCCUCCAAUCAACUAUAUACACGACCUAAACCGGACAGAAUUACUAAAACUUCUACUGACAUGCUUCUCAGAAGCUAUGUAUCUUUUGCCUUCUUCAGAAAGCAAUAACCUUAACCCAUGGGUCCAGUUCUUUUGUUCUACGGACAACAGACAUGCACUGCCUCUCUUCACAUCACUCCUGAAUAUCGUCUGUGCAUAUGAUCCUGUUGGAUAUGGUAUUCCCUACAACCACCUGAUUUUCUCUGAUUAUCGAGAACCGUUAGUUGAGAUAGCUGCUCAGGUGCUAAUUGUGACCCUAGACUAUGACGCAUCGACCAGCAUCAGCCCCUCUGUGGAUGGAACGACGGGCAGCACUGUCAUGGAUGACGCAGAGCCUCCUGGUCCAGAUAAUUUGUUUGUCAACUACCUCUCCAGAAUACAUCGGGAAGAGGAUUUCCAGUUUAUCCUCAAAGGAUUAGCUCGUCUGUUGUCAAAUCCUCUGAUUCAGACUUACCUGCCAAAUUCCACUAAAAAGAUUCAGUUUCAUCAAGAGCUUCUGGUUCUGUUCUGGAAACUUUGUGACUUUAACAAGAAAUUCCUGUUCUUUGUCCUGAAGAGCAGUGAUGUUUUGGAUGUGCUGGUUCCCAUCCUGUACUUCUUAAACGAUGCCAGAGCCGAUCAAUCCAGAGUGGGACUAAUGCACAUUGGUGUCUUCAUACUGCUACUACUGAGUGGAGAACGCAACUUCGGCGUGCGACUCAACAAGCCGUACUCUGUCCGAGUACCUAUGGACAUUCCUGUCUUCACAGGAACACAUGCCGAUCUUCUCAUUAUUGUGUUUCACAAGAUCAUCACAACAGGACAUCAGCGACUGCAGCCUCUGUUUGAUUGUCUUCUCACUAUCAUUGUAAAUGUAUCUCCAUACCUGAAGAGUUUGUCCAUGGUUGCUGCUAACAAGCUGCUGCAUCUUUUAGAGGCCUUCUCCACCAGCUGGUUCCUCUUUUCAGCACCCCAAAACCACCACCUCGUCUUUUUCCUGCUAGAGGUCUUCAAUAAUAUCAUUCAGUACCAGUUUGAUGGGAACUCCAAUUUGGUCUAUGCUAUUAUACGCAAGCGAAAUGUGUUUCACCAGCUUGCCAACCUGCCUACUGAUGUACCAUCCAUACAGAAAGCUCUGCAGAGGAAAAAAAGAUGUCCUGAACCAAUCUCUCGCACAAAUUCCCAAGAUGGGGCCUCCAUGGAGGGUUCGCGACCUGCUGCUCCUGCAGAACCAGGAACAUUAAAAGCAAGUUUAAUUGCUACUCCUGAUAUUGAUAAGCUAACGGAGAAAUCUCAGGUGUCAGAGGAUGGAACAAUGCGUUCAGUACAGCCUGAAGGUCUACAGACCUCACCAGGGACCAGCCCUAAUGUAGGAGUCAGUGACACCGAAUCUGAGGUACCUCAAACUAAGGUGGACAGGCGUCGUUUAUCAAGUGGAUCGUCCAGCACUCAGUGGACACCUUCCCCUGAUUGGGUUAUGUCGUGGAAGUCGAAGCUGCCACUACAAACCAUUAUGAGGCUGCUUCAGGUCUUAGUCCCUCAGGUUGAGAAAAUAUGCAUUGACAAGGGCCUAACUGAUGAGUCUGAAAUUCUAAAGUUUUUGCAGCAUGGAACCUUGGUGGGUUUGCUUCCAGUGCCUCAUCCAAUUCUUAUCCGAAAAUACCAAGCCAACUCUGGUACUGCGAUGUGGUUUCGUACAUAUAUGUGGGGCGUUGUGUAUUUGAGAAAUGUGGACCCCCCUAUCUGGUACGACACAGAUGUGAAACUUUUUGAGAUCCAGCGAGUCUGAAAGAACUGCAUCAAGAAGGAUAGAAAUAAAAAGAAAAGAAGAACUCAUUUGGUGGUUUUGAGGGGACUGAUGUUCCUCUCUCACUCCCUCAAUCUGCACCUGUUAGUCAUCAUCAUCAUUAUAUUACAGCCACAGCCACUGCAUUUACAUCUUGCAGGUUCACCAGAUCGUGCAACAUAGUCCUUUGCUUUGAAAAACAGACUGAGGAAGCUUGCUUUCUUUGAAUUUAUUAUGAUAGUAUGUGAUUAAAGUACAUUUUUGUCAAAGGCUGUCUUACACUUGCAGUAGGCUUUAUAAUGCCAGUUAAAAAGGAAGAAAUGUUCUGUUUACAUAGUGAGUCAGAAUGGUCCAGUGGUAGGUGUGUACUGUUUUGGUGCAGCAAAGCAUACUAAUUUUUGAACAACAGGCAAAAUUUAUCACAGACACUGGCUAGCUCUCACAAGUUAUUACAGCAGAAUGAAAUAAUGUAAACUGUGCUUAUUAAAACAUAACGGACUGUAGAUGACUUAAUUCAGGUGAUGCUUCUUAUAGGGAAGCAGUAUUCCUGUAUAAAAAGUAUUUAUUGACAUGAA